AAACUUAGCAAUUGAUUGUUUUGUAGGUGGAAAUUGUCAGUCAACUUUAUAAUUCCUUUGACCACUUGAAAUUGCAGCCAAGACCUUGCAGCGCACCGAAGCCAGCAGAGCAUUUUUUGGUAUUUGAAUCAGGAACUAUGACACUGGACAAUGAGGAGGACAGGAGCAGGGUCCUGGUAAUAAAAUUGGUGGCACAGGUCACAUAGGAUAGGCAAGCAUAUUGUUGUACCUCUGUCCUCAUGAGCUAGGGAUGCUGCGCCUUUUGAUCCAGCCAAGGCGCAGCUCCUCAAAAGCUUCAUCGACUCCGGUGUUGCUCUCAUCAAGAGAUAUUUAUUUGACCACGGGAGCCUCGUAGAUGCAAUCAAAGUUGUCAUCUCUGCCGUCAGCUCGACGAGCAGAUGAGGAUUGUCAUGGCAAUCAAGGAGGCCGGCAAUCUCAUCAAGGUCAGUCAGGUUAUCAACUUUGUCUUGUUUCUUGAUGGAACCAUGUGGCUACAGAUCGAUCACCGGAUAGUUGAUGUUCAGAGUUCCUGCCUGCCAUCCGAGUUUGGCUCUGACGUAGAGAGGGUUCACACCGUGGAUCCAGCGGCCACACUGUACACUGGUAAAAUCAGACUUCACUGUCUGAUCGAGGCAGAGGGUAUACAUCAUACAUUUGUCUGCUGCAACGGGUUCGCCGAAACCUAAAUAGAUUCUUGUUACUAGAGCAGCGCAAUUGUUUUUUCAGAAUUUCCCGACAUUCAUAAAUAGGAUUUUUUAAAUGUAAAAAUCGGGUGGUUGGGUGCACUGGAUACUUUAUAUGUCCUGAUUGCUUCCCUGAUGGGGUAAUCUUUAGCAAAAGCAAAAGCCAAAGCAAAAAGCAAAACGAUCACCAACACGCAAGGCACAGCACCAUCCUCAAAAGCCCACCAUUCAUUUGAGAACCUCCUCCUCCCCUUGAUUACACAGUGACUUGCUACUCAUAUCUUUGUUCCUAGACUAGACAAAUAGAAAGAAAAAAAAAUACUCUUGACCCAGCUCGAGCGUGCAUGGGUCUCUCAGGCGAUGUGGUGGUGGAAUGGUGGCAGGAGUGGCAGCUGCGCAUCCUCGUCCUCGGCAGCCUCUUCAUCCAGUACCUCCUCUACUUGUCUUUCUGGGUGCGUCGAUCUCCUACCAUGCGUAGGAGAUUGCGAGUGCUGGUGUGGAUCGCAUACAUAGGCGGCGACGCCGUAGCGAUCUACGCCCUCGCCACCCUGUUUGACCGCAGGAAGCAGAGUUUGGAUGGGAAGAGCAGAGGCGCCCUGGAGGUUGUAUGGGCGCCUGUCCUCCUCAUCCACCUGGGCGGCCAGCCAUGGAUAAGUGCCUACAGCCUCCAAAACAACGACCUUUGGCUUUGGGGACAACAUAGAGAUUGUAACCCUGGUAUCUAAGGAAGGUCACGCUAGCCUUGUACCUCUUGUGCAAGUGGUGGUCUGGCGAGAAAACUUUGCUAGCAGCAGAGCUCUCGCUCUUUGUUGUUGGCAUCAUCAAAUUAGUCCAGAAGCCAUGGGCCCUCAGGACCGCCAGCUCCAUCAGCACGCAGGCCCUCGGAACCAUGCAAAUAGAUGAAGGGCGCACAUACUCACUUGAAAAAUAUGUAUAUGAAGCAAAAAUGUCUGUUUUACAGGAGGAUCACGGUCAGUCUGCUCCAUACUCUGUUCGGUAUGAAGAAACCCUGAGCUUCUAUAUGUUUGUUACUUGUUAUCAAACACUAGAAAUGUUGAAGGAACACAUUUUUUGAUUACAUGAUUUUUAAUGCAUGAACAUUUUUUAUUAUAAGAAUACUUAAGAAAUACAUUGAACACUUUUUAAUUACAUGACCAUCUUAAGAUAAUAUACUGACCACUUAAUUUUAUUUCAUGGAUACAUUUUCUACUAACAUGAACAUUUCUUUUAAAUGCAUUCAACUGUUUUUUCAAUUACAGGAACAUUUCUAUAAAUGUGUUGAACAGUUUUUUGUUACAUGGAUUUUUAAUAGAAGAAAAAACUGUCCGCUCCAUACUCUGUUCGGAUUCAAGAGCUGUCAUAUUUCGUGAGGUUGGGUUAUACGCAUGCAUACACUAGGCUUUAUGGGAGCCUCGAAUAUAGAUUCUAUAUCUUGUACACCAGAAUAGUAUCAAAUUUGACUGGCCUUGGUGCGGCGUGCUCAGUUUACCUUUUUCCAUCCCUGGCCUUAGCUUCUGUGGUGCUCUUUGCUGUGAGCCACAAGGAUGGUCACAACAAGAAGGAUAUCAUGGUGACUUACAUUCUCUUGUGUUGCACCACCGUGCUGGAGUUGUUGCUUCCCUGCAUGCUACUCGCCCAGUGCAUCCCAUGUUGCAAGCAUUUGUUUUCUUCAUAUGGCCGCGAGCAUUUAUCUCAAGGGUGGCACGGUAUGGUUUCUCAGUUCAACAUGAUGUCCUUCUGUGUUCGCAAGAAGAAGCCCACAUUCCUGAUGAAGCUUGCUGCCUUUGUAUUUCUAAGGGAGUUUGUUAACCAGCAUUGGUAUAUUCGGCAAGUACCUAUAGCGUACCAGAUCACAGAGACAGUUCAGCGGCACGUGCAAAUUGGUUGGGAGAGGUACAUGUACGACGCCGCAAGCUACAGGAGAUUCAAUGAUCUCCGAGGCCAGUGGGCUCUAAGGAGGCACCGUCGGCUGGGAAGGAGCUUGAAUAAGCCAUUCGAUGUGAGUGUCCUCAUUUGGCACAUCGCCACGGACCUCUGCUUUUAUCACCCCAACACAUCCCCUCAAUGUCGACAAGGAGAAGCCACAAGGCGCGGCCGGGAGAUAUCCAACUAUAUGUUGUACCUGCUUCUCUCCCAUCCUGAGAUGCUAAUGCUUGGCACCAGAUCGGAUCUCUUCACCUUGGCCAGCGGCGAAAUUGUCAAACACAGCAAGGCGUCUACGGUCGACAUGACAGACGAAAUUCUUGCGAGGGAGAUCCUUACGAUGCCCACAUCUUCAGGUGGUGUGAUUUACAAUGCAAACUCGCUCGCCCAAGUACUGAUGGAGCUGGUGGAUGAGGUGGAGAGAUGGGAUGUGAUCCAAGGUGUGUGGGUGGAGAUGCUUUGCUAUUCGGCCAGCCAGUGCAGGGGGUACCUGCAUGCCAAGAGCUUGGGUGAAGGUGGGGAGUACCUCUCUACAGUCUGGCUCCUUUGGUCGUUCAUGGGGAUGGAGGCGUUAGCGGACAGGCAUCACAGGUCGUCACAGCCUCCUCAAGAGGUAGGAGAAGAAGAAGAAGAAGAAGAAGAAGAAGAAGAAGGAGACGAAUUAAUAAGCAUGGACUUGCCGUUCCCAAGGCAGAGCCAAUCAAUGUGAAGACAUGCAUCUUUCAGCAUGGCGCCUUUGGAAACUACCUACUCAUCCCAAGUCUGUUUUUGGAUGCUUCAUUUAUUUCUUGAAUGUUUGCUUAGAUUAUGUUUCUUUCCCAUGCUAUGUGUGCGUGUGUGUGUGCAAAUGCAAAUCCAGAACAUAUGAUGAUUAUCCAUUGAGCGCUGCUGUGGUUUGGUGGUGCUGCUGAAUUUCCAUACUAGUAAAUUUUAAAUGCUUCAAAGUUUCAGAUGAAUUUUGUAGACUAUCUAUUCACGGCCAAGUCAAGCUUCUGAGCACGCUGCUGUGGUUUGGGGGGAAUUUCCAUACAGCAGCUGCAGCUUGGUUGUAUCUGAGAAUAUUUUAUUUUUAUAAAGGGUGGGAGGGGAUCAUUUCUUCUAACUAACUUAGACCCAAAUUGGUACACAUGUCCUUUGUGGCGGUGUCAUGGAGACAGAGAGUUGCAGGUAUGUCCUCGUAGAGCCGAGUUUUAGGAUCUGGUGAGUUUAUGCUAUUGCGUUUAUAUGUUGCUUCUGUAGGUUUGAUUUUCUUUGGAGAUGGGUUUUUGUGGUAAGACGACCUGAACAUCUCCCCGGCCCAAGAUAUCUUCCUAUCCUUUUGGAUGGCCGACUCAAGGGGCUUUCAGAAACCUCUAGUAAUAUCAAGUUUAUGCAGGUGAACGAGUAGUACGGUAAGGUUUUCCUAGCUGUCGUAUCCUAGGAUUGAUUUCAGACUCACUCAACAGCUCUGUUUUCUGACUCCUGAUACUUAUGCCAUGCUAUAUAUUGUUGCAAUGAAAUUAAUUAGUGAAAAAUUAUUGUGCCUCUGUUUCAUAUCAUGGAUGGUUGCUCCUCUACUAAUGUUAAUGUCUUACUGGCUUAUUCCUCCGUGCUUCUAAUAUUUGGAGCCUGUUAACAGGUGCCAUAGAUGAUACUUUUGAUCUUCAGAUUAGCAUUUGGAAUUAUACCAUUGCUCUAAACUGAAUUGAUAGAUGUGGUAAUGCAAAGAAAGAAGAAUUACAUAAAAGAAUAUAUUUAACUGAAGUAAGUUACAGUUUGAACCUUCAUUUUGUGUUUUGUCGCAAUAGUCACAGUGACAGCACUUUCUUUUAAAGCUGUUGCUAGCCAAUAAAACACCCAUGCUAUUGUUUUUAUUUUUAUUUUUAUUUAUUUUGGCUGUGUCCUUGUGAGAAGAGCAGAUACUAAAGUGCUCUUAAAGGAAGAUGGAAAGAAUUAAUGGGAAGAAAGAAUUAAUAGGUAGGAAUUGUCAGCUUUAUCAUAUAUAUAGGAGUAUCACACAACAGCAUAUCUUAUACGUACUAUAUAAUUCAUGUCAGCACUUGAAAUCACACCCUUGCACCACCCCUGAUGCUGGACAAGGAGGGACUAUGGUGCUGGACAAGGAGGAGGAGAGUGUCCGACCUCUGUCCUCAUGAGCUAGGGAUCCAGCCAAGGCGCACGCAGCUCCUCAAGAGCUUCACUGAUUCCAGUGUUGCUCUCAUCUCAUCAUGGUAUAAGAUUGAUAUCAUCUUCUGUUGUCUGCCUUUCAGCUGCUACUCUCUGUUUUACCGAAAAAGGCUUUCGUCCCGUUUUAUAAAUAAAGCAAACCGCCAAGAGCACACAUACACGGACUAGUCCAGCACGCACACACCCAAGUCACACAACAAGAAGUACAAAGGUUCUGCUGAGGGCACAGCUCAACAAGCCCAAAAGAACACAAAAAAAGAAACGGCCGUAGCCGUAGACCAAGCCGGGCGUCUAAUCUGGCUCCGGGGGAGGCGGCGACAGACGGACGGCCAUCGAGCGCAGGUCGGCGAUGAAGGCGGAGAAGAAGAUGUGAUUCGAAUCUUCAGGGGUACCACACAGCGGGCAUAGGCCGGAGCCAGGGCCAUUGCGCUUGCGCACCUCCACCCCAGAUGGGAGCCGUCCGCGGAUUCAUUGCCACAUGAAUAUCUGGAUUUUCAGUGGCAGGCGUAUAGACCAAACCGUGGAUCCAAGGGCCACACUGUACGCUGGUAAAAUCAGACUUCACUGCUGAUUGAGGCGGAGGGACCUCAUACUGUUUCAUACCAUGGAUGGUUGCUCUACUGUUAAAUCUGUCUGUUUAUUGGAACCUGUUGGUGCCAUAGAUGAGACCUGUGAUCUUCAGAUUAGCAUUUGGAAGUAUACUAUACUAUUGCUGUGUACUGAUACACGUGGUGAUGCAAAGAAAGAAUAAUUACAUAAAAGAAUACAUUUACCUCAACUACUCAAGUUGUUAAUGCAGCAUCGUUGUCCUGCUACUUACCUGUACAAAGAAGGCAUCAGUUUGGUUCCCAGGAAGAAGAAAGAGGAGAAGGAGAAAGACAUGGUCGAUCGUCAAGCGGGAAGAACAAGAUGAGGAGGUGAUUGGUGUAGAGGAGGAGCCGGAGCACAAGAAGAAGAUGCUCCAUGCCGUAGUUGGUACGGAGGACAAGGAAAGGAAGAAGCGGAAGCACGCCGCCCAAGAGUUCGCCGAGGUGAAGAAAGAAGAAGCUGAUUUCAUCGAUGCCGAUUUGGGGAGCGACAAGAAGAAGAAGAAGAAGAAGAAGAAGAAGAAGAAGAAGAAGAGAAGCAGAGGUGGAGCAUACCAAGAAGAAGCAGCGCAAGUAGCAAUGCUGUCUGGGAGGGGAGGUUAGGCUUUAGAAGAACUUUUUUGGAGCCUGUACUGUACCAUGAGGAAUUUUCUCAAGAUUUGUACGGUGAGGUUGACCUAGCUAUCUGUCAUAUUUUAGGCUUUAUUUUGUGGUUUGCCGCAAUGGCGCUUGCACGUUGUAUGCCAAAAUUUUCAGUCCCAUUAGUCAUCUAAAUAAAUGCAUUAGGUUGUGUA